CCUGACACAAGCGUUCAGGAGACAGAUCGCAUCCUGGUUGAAAAGCGCUGCUGGGAUAUUGCUCUCGGUCCCUUGAAGCAAAUCCCUAUGAACCUGUUCAUCAUGUACAUGGCAGGGAAUACAAUCUCUAUCUUCCCCACCAUGAUGGUCUGUAUGAUGGCCUGGAGGCCCAUCCAAGCACUAAUGUCCAUCUCUGCUACCUUCAAGCUACUUGAAAGCUCAAGUCAGAAGUUUCUUCAGGGACUGGUGUAUUUAAUUGGCAACCUGUUAGGAUUGGCCUUGGCUGUUUACAAGUGCCAGUCAAUGGGGCUGCUGCCAACUCAUGCUUCUGACUGGCUGGCUUUUAUUGAACCACCUGAG